GAGGUCGAAAAGUCUUCUGAAGAUGUUGUUAUAGUAGAUUAUGAAGCUCUUGCCAAUGUUUCGGAAAUAUUACCGGCAAUAGAGGAAGCAUUCGGAUCACAUCCGCAUUGCCUUGGGUUGCUGUUAGUUAAGAAUUUACCAGCAGAAUACCCGGAAAUGCGUCUUCAAUUAUUACGCUUAGCUUCACUAUUUGCUUCGCUUCCUGAUGACAUCAAAGAAAAAUUUGUUGAUGUGGAAAGUAAAAUACUUUUAUGGAUGGAGUUGUGGCAAAGAAUUAAUGAAUGGAAAACUUGGGCAAAUCCUCUUUUGGAUGUACCAAUUGCUACGAAAGAACAAAUAGAAAAGUUCCCGUUCUAUUGUCAUCCUAAUAUAUGGCCUACGGAGUAUCUGCCGGAAUUUGAGGACACAUUUAAAAAACUUGAUAAUAUACAGGAUGAUAGAUUAGAUACGUGGUGUGGUUGGCAUAUUGAUAACUCUUGUCUGAGAGGAUUGACAUCAUCAAUGUACAUUGACGAACGUGACCGAAGUCUAGCAGAAAGCAAAACGUUUCAAAUGGGAGAAGCGAUGCAAAUCGCAUUUCAUGGAGCUGUCAUGGCAACUAAACAUAUGGUAAAAGGUAUUUCUCGUAAUAUUGAUAGAGCCAAUAAUGCUGGUGACGUGCCAUUCGAUGCUGUAUCUCGAAAUACAUUUGCUUUUUUCAUGCAGCCUUCGUUGGAGGAACGAGUCGGUAAUGUUAUUUUUGACGAGUUUAGUG